AUGGCUGUGCACACUGAGUUCGCGAUCCAGAAGACUGGAGUUCGAUUCCCAUUAGUUGCCAUUAACCCAGGAUCAUACACCCCAAAAUUGGCCAUGUCACUCAACAAUCUAUAUAAUGCUCUUUCGGAUCUCGGACAACACUCGGAGGCGCUCCCAUUCAUUGAAGAAAGUGUUAAACUCUGGCGCCAGCUAGUCACUAUUAACCCAGGAGCGUACACCCGAGCAUUGGCCAUAUCAGUCAACAAUCUACGUAAAGCUCUUACCAAUCUCGGACGUCAUUCCGAGGCACAAAUGGUCCACAUUUGA